AUGGCCUCCACAUAUAGGCAGUUCUUGGCCUCGCCAAACUCAUCGCUGCUUUCCGCGGACGCUACCCUACACUAUGUCACGACUACGACUGCGAUUCGCGGUGCGACCGAUAUCAUCAAGCACCUGAACUCGUUGCGCAACCAAGUCAAGAAAACCGCCGAAGAUUUUCUCGAUGUCAUUGAGGGCCGAAACGCCGCCGCCAUCCAGGUCAAGACGACGAUGACUUUUGUCAGCAGUGGCGGACCAUACUUGCCUGGACUUGAUGACAACUUCCUCUCUGAGAGAGAAGUUCACCUCCCAAUUAUGCACAUCGUGUCGUUUGACGGACAGGGCAAGAUUGCGCAGAUCCGACAAAGCUGGGAUCAAGGUGCGCUUCUCAAACAAGUAGAUGUUAUCGGCAGGUCGGGUCGAAAUUGGCCCAUUCGCGACGGUAGUGAUCAGAUCAAGGUUAUCACCACCUGUCUCUCUGCCAGAGGAGCCGUCGCAGAGAGUGCACCCGAGAGUAGUGAUGUGCUCCACCGCUCGCGCGGUAACUCGGUGAACGCCCUUCGCGACCCUCACGCCUCUCUCGAGCUUUUUGCCCCUCGAGAUGCCGCUGAAGACGCUGCAGCUGCGAGAAUCAUUUCACCUUAUGCGGGUACUCGACCUCGCCAGCGAUCUUUCACGGAGAUUUUGGGUGAUGAGCCUACGGACGAAGAUGACGGCUCGCCGAGCCGAGGUCGUUCUCAGUCACCAAGCAAAUUCAUCGCCCCUAAGGCCGGCUCUAAUAAGAAAUUCCAGCCCAAUCGACUCUUUGAAACCGACGAACAAGAUGAGGAUGAUGGUCGCGGACGUGUUCAGCAGCAAACCCGACCUAUUGCUCCCAAGAUUGGCGCUGGAAAGAACUUCCAACCUAGCCGUCUGUUUGAAAUGGAAGAAGAAGCCCACGAUGAGGACAACGGACGCGGCCGUUCGCAGCAUCAAACCCGACCUAUUGCUCCCAAGGUCGGAGCUGGAAAGAACUUCCAGCCCAGCCGUCUGUUUGAGGUGGAGGAUGAGCAGGAUUCCCCCGACAACAAACCGAAGCCAGACCGGUUUUACCGCCCCAACCCCAAGCGAUUCCAGCACUUUGCCUUGGGUGAUGAGCACGGCGAAGGUGAAGAGACCACGCCCAAGGCUAGCGACCAGACAGAUAGGAGCAGAUCCAGGUCUAAGCAUGACAGCUCGUGGUCCUUUGAUGACUUUGUGACACCGCAGAAAGCGCUUCCUACUCGGACUAUCCGCCGCCCACAGGAUGUGCGUCACUGGGAUAACGAGGCUGAAGAAACCCCGGCUAACCAACGGAAGCCUGCCGGUAAGCCCCGCCGCGAUGCUGAGCACCACUUCGACUUCGCCGACGACGGCCCAGAGCCUACGGAGCCUCGCCCUGCUGGUGUCCCCAGAGGAACGAAGCAUAACACCGGCCUUGGACUGUACGACAACCACGUUUACCAUGAAGAUGGCAAGGCACCUUCUCCUGGCCCUGACCCGUACGCACUUGGAAAUAUCACCAACCUAAAGGACCGCAAGAAGACGUUUGAUCCCAGCUUCUCAAUGACUGACGAUCCCGAGGACGACCAGACCCCCCAGCCUCGCAAGGUUAGUGAGGAUCGCAAGAAGGCCGUGAAGAUGAUGGAGGCCAAUUGGGCUGCUACUAAUGACUCGCCCGCGUCGCAGAAAGAGAACUCCCGUGGUAGCGCUGCUGCGCCCGGCCGAAGGUUGGGCAACCAGGGAAUUUCCAUUGCCGGUGAUGGGAUGGGCUCGAGAAAGGGGGCAAAUGCCGACAGGGCUAGUAACAAGGGCAUUCUUAUUGGCGGUGAUGGAAUGGGUGGGAAGAAGGGCACUGCCCGUGACUGGCUCUUCCCAGAAGAGGACUAA